AUGACAGUAAAUCAACUUGAGAAACCAGAUUUUAUACAAAUCAAAACCACUCUUACGAAACUACCAUACCCACCAUUCAAGGAGCGCCCGACUGUAAGAACUAAACGUCUUGUUCUCAGGCCGUUCUAUGAAGAUGCUGCCAAUGACCUUUUCCCCAUGCGCGCCCAGAAAGAGGUCAUGAUGUGGACAGCACAAGGCGCUCCAGAUAAGAAUCUCGAGGAAACGCAGAAAUGGGCUGCGCAAAGACUACCGCCGCACGACGAAACCAACUUGUACUACGUGAUCAGUCUCGUUGAAACUGGUGAGGUUAUCGGAGCUGGUGGCACGUAUAGACGAGAGUGUGAGCUUGGCUGGCCGGCGAUUGGAUACGCAUUUCGCAAGGAAGCUUGGGGCAAGGGCUAUGCGACCGAGUUUCUGGUGGCGUUUAUGAAGAUUUGGUGGGGGCUACCGCGGGUUGAGUGUUCUAUCGCUGUGGAUAGGACUACGUUGAGUGAGGAGGAGAUAGUGGCCAGUGUGAAUGGUGCUAUCACGGAGAGAUGUGCUGCGGAGACUAUUAAAGAGAAUAUGGCGAGUAAGCGUGUCUUGGAGAAGGCUGGGUACACCUGGGUUAAAGAAUGGAGGAAUGAGGAGAAGAAUUGGUCUAUCUAUGGAUGGGUGACAACAGCUGCGCAACUGCCUGCAAAUUAG